ACUUUAAAUGCAUAGCAGCUUGUCGGUAAUAAACAAGUGUGGGUAAUGGCUGGUAAACAAUCACUACUAUCGGAGGUCGUCCCCUCACAAGGGUUCCAAUUAAGAGCAGCUGACAGCUUGCGGCUUUCUGCGUAGUCCGCUGCCGAGGCCACAUCGGCCGGUUUUACCCCGGACUCAACAAAGAGGCCCGCGGAGCACAGCCUUGACGUCACUCAAACACUGGCCCCAAUCCUGCUGGGUAGCGCCGUGACCCCGCCCGCUUGAGCUCCGAGCAGGGUCCGCGCCACGCCUCUGGGGCGGGGCAAUGCCGAACCCAGGCGGGCUGGCUCAGUAAAGCGGAGGCAGCGGGGGAAGAUGGCGGCGGCCGUUCCACAGCGGGCCUGGACCGUGGAGCAGCUGCGCAGCGAGCAGCUCCCUAAGAAGGACAUUAUCAAGUUUCUGCAGGAUCACGGUUCAGAUUCGUUUCUUGCAGAACAUAAGUUAUUAGGAAACAUUAAAAAUGUGGCCAAGACAGCUAACAAGGACCAUUUGGUUACAGCCUAUAACCAUCUUUUUGAAAGUAAGCGUUUCAAGGGUACUGAAAGUAUAAGCAAAGUGUCUGAGCAGGUGAAAAAUGUGAAGCUUAAUGAAGAUAAACCCAAAGAAACCAAGUCUGAAGAGACUCUGGAUGAGGGUCCACCAAAAUAUACAAAAUCUGUUCUUAAAAAAGGAGAUAAAACCAACUUUCCCAAAAAGGGAGAUAUUGUUCACUGCUGGUAUACAGGAACACUACAGGAUGGGACUGUUUUUGAUACUAAUAUUCAAACGAGUUCGAAGAAGAAGAAAAAUGCCAAGCCUUUAAGUUUUAAGGUUGGGAUAGGCAAAGUUAUCAGAGGAUGGGAUGAAGCACUCUUGACUAUGAGUAAAGGAGAAAAGGCUCGACUGGAGAUUGAACCAGAAUGGGCUUAUGGAAAGAAAGGACAGCCUGAUGCUAAAAUUCCACCAAAUGCAAAACUUAUUUUUGAAGUGGAAUUAGUGGAUAUUGACUGAAAUAGUAAAGGCAUCAGCAACAAUAAAACACAGCCUUGAAGAAACUUAGGUGUCUCAUUAGAACUGGUUACUAUUUUAAGGGAAGAGUCAACUGGAAAAUUCAAGAAGUUAAGUUAGAACUUGUUUACUUGAUCCCCAACUUCUAAGAAAUGUAAUCCAUUAUAAAUCCUUGAAGUUUAAAAUAUUUUACUACAGCUGUGUAGAAUAUCACUUAAAGAGAACUGACUUGCCUUUUACCUCAUGUUGUAAACUAAAAGGCUCAAUAAAAAUUUAUCCUAUGUCUUGA